AAUGACGAGAGGUUAGCUACCGGACCAAGUCUACGACCUAGUAAUAUUAGAAGGGGUAACACAUUGGCCUAUACAUAUUCAUAAGAUGAAAACAUGAUACGUAGUUUAUAUAUAAGACGACAAACGGACGCAUCAUGACUUAGCCAAUAUAUUACAUAGAAGAAAGACUGUAAGCUAUCGUUUACACUGCAAAAAUUAUACGUGGGAUUGUAUGUGAGAAAAUUGAAGCGGAAGAUCUUUGUCGGGACGUCACCUUAUUUUGAGUGCUAGGUACGGGUAGGAAGAAUAGAGAAACCUAGAAAGAGAUGACUUCUACUAGGAAGGCGUUCAGGGGUAAUAGAGUGGUGCUGGACGGAACAGUAGAGAAGGCAUGCAUUGUGGUAGAACAUGGAAAGAUUGUAGACAUUUUGAAAGGAGAGGCCGCUUACGAUAUAAACAAAGAUGACUUUUGUAUGGUAGUGGAUGCCGGAAAUGACGUCAUCAUGCCAGGCGUGGUGGACAGCCACGUGCACGUCAAUGAGCCGGGUAGGACAAUGUGGGAGGGCUACUGGACGGCCACUGAGGCGGCGGCUGUGGGUGGCACAACCACCAUUGUCGACAUGCCACUAAACUGUAUACCGUCAACAACCAGUUGCUCGGCGUUUGCGACCAAGCUUGAAUAUGCUCAAAACAAAUGUUUUGUGGACGUCGGGUUCUGGGGAGGCAUAGUACCAAAUAACCAGGAUGAACUUCGACCUAUGCUAAAUGCAGGUGUUCUUGGCUUCAAGUGUUUCCUCAUCCACAGCGGGGUGGACGAUUUUCCCGCCGUCACACGCUCCGACCUUGAAGUUGCCAUGGAAAUCCUUCAGGAUACAGACGCAGUCAUUUUGUUUCAUGCCGAGAUGGACUGUUCCUGUGGAUCACCUACGGCAGGUGAACCAAAGGAAUAUCAGACAUUCCUAGAUUCUCGUCCAGACGUUAUGGAAAUUGAAGCCAUUAAACUGGUGUGCGAACUCUGUCUAAAAUACAGGGUGAAGUGUCAUAUCGUCCACCUGUCUUCGGCUACUGCCCUCCCGUUAAUAGUAGAGGCAAAACGCCAGGGGGCGCCUCUUACGGUUGAGACAUGCCAUCACUACUUGUCAUUGGAGGCGGAGAAUGUACCAGGGGGCGCCACUCAGUACAAGUGCUGUCCGCCAAUACGCUCCAAACAUAACCAGGAGGCACUAUGGGAGGGGAUCCAAAGUGGACACAUAGACAUGGUAGUUUCCGACCAUUCGCCCUGUACCCCGGACCUCAAAGAGCUCGCCACAGGAGACUUCACCACGGCUUGGGGUGGGAUCGCCUCUGUUCAGUUCGGUUUAUCUUUAUUUUGGACUUCCUGCCAAAAGUAUGAUCUAACCUUGCACGAUGUUGUGAGGCUACUUUGUUGUAACACUGCCCAACUAGCGGGACUUGGUCACAGGAAAGGCGCCAUUCAAACCGGAUAUGACGCAGACUUCGUCAUUUGGGAUCCACAAGCAUCGUACCAGGUAACAAUCGGAAUGAUUCGUCAUAAAAAUAAGUUAACGCCAUACGAAGGGAGACAAUUGCAGGGCGUUGUGAAGACUACAGUAGUAGGUGGUGCGACAGUUUACGAUAACAACGCUACAGUGAGGAGUCCACGAGGGAACAUGCUUCUAAGACAUACGGAAAAUUAAGAGAACAGGUGAAAGUCGUUCACAGAGAUAUGGGGAAUUUAGAGAAAAAUUAAAUGUUUUUCAGGCAUACAAUACUUCCUUGUCGUGGGGAUAAUUUAUAGAAACGUUGAAAUGUUUCUAUGAGAUGCGAGGAAUUAAGAAAAACCGUUUAAACAUUCUUUCAAAACCCGACCACCCAAGUUGUCUUCAUUCAUUAACGAUAUUAACAAGCGAACAUGGAAGAUCGUUUAAUAUGUAUAAGUUUUGAUUUUGAUAUACGAGUACCUGUUACAUCUUAAGAUAACCGACAAUAAUUUAUAUUGUCGAGUGUAAUACCGUUUAAUUUCUAUGGUGGUCUCUGAGCAACACGUUUUUACAACGUGUAUUUCCACUUAAUAUUUACAAUGUCAGUUUGAAGAUGCUGCCAUAUUAUAAUUAUUUGUAUUUACACUUAAUAUAUUUACGCUAUUAAGCUAGCUUUGACUGAUGAUAAAUAAUAAAAUGU